UAAUCAGAUCCUCUCAGAGGAGAGUUGUAGGGCUUCCAGGAAGCAAAAUAUGCAGCAAUCUCUAGAAUUCACACCCUGGUUUAACGAAUGUUCAUUAAGCAUCCAUGACAUGCCCAGCACCGAGGGGUAAACAGAAAUGAAUAUGAGACCUUGGCAACAAACAGUCUGUGGAGAUGCGAAAACUGUUGCGAAACAGUGUGCUAAGAGUUAUGACAGAGGAACGGGCACGCCCUGGGCACGCAGAAAGGAAGGUUCCUCAUGCUGCCUGUGGUCAGGAAGCCUGGAAUGGGAGUCCGGCCAGCUGCAUAGCCAUGCCACAUCCAGAAGGAUGAAUGGAACAAGUACAAUGAAUGGAAGUGUGGAAUUGGCAGUUCUGAGAAGAGGCAGUCCUGGCUUGGCGUGGCGGGAGAGCGGAAUGGACGUAGGACGGCGGGCUGGAAGAAGCAGGCUGGAGUUGGACUUAGGAGAACCUUGGCGUCCUGUUCUGAGUCAACAUUCCUCCUUCUAAACAUGGGACUUUCCAGAAGGACCACAGCUCCUUCCAUGCACCCGCUUGACCUGGGAUGUUCUGGAUUUGGCUGUCGAGCGACUUUGCCUGCCUCUCCGAAGUAUGGCCGUGUGGUCCCUGUGGAGUCUCCUUCUCUGGGAAGCACUACUUCCCUUCGUUUUCACCGGUGCCCAAGUUCAGGGCCAGGUGGGGGGCUCGGCGCUGCUGGUGGCAGAGCGCCCUCCCGGCUUCCAAAUCCGAGAGGCCAUCUGGAGAUCCCUCUGGCCUUCAGAGGAGCUCCUGGCCACGUUUUUCCGGGGGUCUCUGGAGACGCUGUACCACUCCCGCUUCCUGGGCCGAGCCCAGCUGCACGGCAACCUCAGCUUGGAGCUGCGGCCGCUGGAGUCUGGAGACAGCGGCAACUUCUCCGUGCUGCUGGUGGACAAGGAAGGUCGAGCCUGGACCCAGACCCUGCAGCUCAAGGUGUAUGAUGCAGUGCCCAGGCCCGAGGUACAAGUGUUCAUUGCUGUAUCAGGGGAUGCUCAGCUCCCCAAGACCUGCCAAGUGUUCCUGUCCUGUUGGGCUCCCAACAUCAGCGACAUAACCUAUAGCUGGCGACGGGAGGGAACCAUUGACCUUGAUAUCAAGCCAGGUGGCCUCUUCAUGGACGGACAGGUGCUGAGUGUGUCACUGGGACCAGGUGACAAAGGUGUGGCCUAUUCCUGCAUUGUCUCAAACCCUGUCAGCUGGGACUUGGCCACAGUCACCCCCUGGGAGAGCUGCCAUCGCCAGGCAGCUCCAGGGAUGGCCUCCUACAAAGAUGUGCUACUGGUGGUGGUGCCUGUCUUGCUGUUCCUGAUCCUGGCUGGUCUCUCUGCCUGGCACUGGGGCCCCUGCUCAGGGAAAAAGAAGAAGGAUGUCUGUGCUGAUGAAGUGGCUCCAGAGACAGAGAACCCCCUCGUGUAGGGUCUGCCAUGAGCAAUGCCUGGAUCGUGAGGAAGCCCACCGCCUAGCCACAUGAUGCUCUGGGAUGUAGCUGGUACCUGGAAACCACCAUGGGCCUCGUACCUCCUGUGAUACUCCUGUACCACCUCUCAGGAACAGCCUGGGCAGCCGUCACACUGGGAGGCCAGGAAGCACUGACACAACCUUCCACACCUUCCCCCUUCCCCCUCCCCUGGUUGCAUGUCCUGGCCCUGCUCUGGGCAGCAUGGGCCCAGCAGGACAUCCCCUCAAGGACACUGGAAGUUCUCCAGGAUCCAUAGAUUGAUUGUCCAGGGCACUCACUCCUCCACCACUGUUCAUGAAGUAUUGUUAUGGAUGGAAUUUGUCCCCUUUAAAUUCACAUGUUGAAAUCCUAACCCCCAGUAUCUCAGGAUAUGACUGUGUUUGGAGAUAGGGUCUUUAAAGAGAUAAUUGAGGUUAAAUGAGGUCAUUGAGAUGGCCCUAAUCCGAUAUGACUGGUGUCCUUAUAAGAAGAGGGAGACACACCAGGAAUGCACACACAGAGAGGAAAAGCCAUGGAAGGACACAGAGAGAAGGAAGCCCUCUGCAAGCCAAGGAGAGAGGCCUUGGGAGAAACCAAACCUGCUAACCUCUUGGUCUUGGACUUCCAGUCUCCAAGACUGAGAAAAUAAAUUUCUGUCGUUUAAGCCA